UAAUAUAUGAGCCAUGCAUCUAAAAUAAUGAAGAAAAAAUAUAAAAAAGGAAAUCAAAUAAUAACUAGUGCUUUCAUCACCACCUCCUCAUCCUAAUCCUCUUCUCCUCCAUAGAAACAAGCAAAGAACUCUCAAAGCUUCUUUCCCUUCAUCAAUGGAAACAACCUCAUCACCAACACCACCAUCACUGCAUUCACUCAAAACCCUAGAGCACUUUAGGGUUUCCCCUCCCAAGGGCUCAGUCCCUGACACCUCCAUCCCUCUCACUUUCUUUGACAUUUUCUGGCUUCUCAACAGCACCGUUGAACGUCUCUUCUUCUUCAAAUUCCCUUUCUCCACCUCCCACUUCAUCUCCGACCAUCUCCCCAUCUUCAAAUCCUCUCUCUCCCUCACUCUCCAACACUUCUUCCCUUUGGCCGGCCAUCUAAGACCUUCAUCUUCAUCACCUGAUGAUCACUACGAGAUAAACUACUCUGAUGGUGAUUCAAUCUCCCUAAUCCUAACAGAGACUCAAGCCAACUUCCAUGAACUUUCCGGUGACCAACCAAGAAGCUUCGCCAAUCUCCGGCCACUGAUUCCAAGCUUAACCAUCUCCAAUGGUGCAACAUCCCCUACUAGCACUCCUCUGAUGGCCAUUCAAGUGAACAUAUUCCCUAACCAAGGUAUCUGUUUAGCCAUUUCCAUCAACCACGUCACCGGCGAUGGCACCAGCACCAUGAACUUCAUCCACUCUUGGGCUUCUACUUGUUUUUCCAGUUCUUCCUUCACAGUCCUUGCUACUCCUCCACUGUUUGUCAGAAGCAUGGUUGUUGAUCCAAACAACUUGCAUGAAUUGAAUCUAAAACUUAUCAGAUCAUUCACUGGUUCACCUGAUGAAUACUCUUCCAAUCCUCAAUCUCCAGAUGAUGUGUUUUUCUCUACGUUCACUCUGAAGGGUGUAUAUAUUGAGAAACUGAAAAGCAUGAUCAUGGCUAGAUAUGAGAAAGAUGGCAAAGCAGUUGUUCCAUUCCAUUGUACUAGGUUUGUAGUUGCAUGUGCUUAUAUUUGGACUUGUUUGAUCCGGUCUAGAAGUUGGCCGGAGGAGAGAAAGGCUCAUUUGGGGUUUUCUGUCGAUGCUAGACCUCGUUUAACUCCGUCCAUCCCUGCCGGGUACUUCGGCAACUGCCUCGGCUUCUGCUUGGCAGAAGUGAAGGUGAGUGAUGUUGUUGGUGAUGAUAAUAUUGAUGGAGUUUUGAAAACUAUUGAAUCACUUGGUAAAGCCAUUGAAUAUUGGGUUAGAGAAGUUGGUGUGCUUAAAAAUGUGGAGUUGUUGCCAAGAAUGUUUAUUGAGUUGGUUGAUAAGAGGCCAUUGUCCAUUGCUGGUUCUCCAAGGUUUAGGGUUUAUGAAGUUGAUUUUGGAUGGGGAAAACCUGUGAAAGUGGAGGUGACCACCAUUAAAGAAACUGGAGCUAUGUCCAUUGCUGAGAGUGGGAAAGAAGAAGGUGGCCUUGAGUUUGGUUUGGCUUUUCCUAAGCAUGAGAUUGAUGCAUUUCAGGCUUGUUUUACUUCUGGUCUUAAGUUUCUCAUUCCUUGAUGAUGCUGAAUGAUUUUAUUUGUUUUAUGUUUGAUUUCUUUCCAAGAAUAAUAAAACUUUCCACCUUUGUGACAGGAUAGUAUUUGGGGCAAUUGGUAUUUAAUGGUGGAAGGUUGAAGUCCU